AUGUGCUCCAAACUCAAAGACAAACAAAGCAAAGACAGCAAAGACAGCAAGCACAGUAAACACAGCAAAGACAGCAAAGACAGCAAAGACAGCAAGCACAGCAGAGACAGCAGAGACAGCAGAGACAGCAGGCACAGCAAAGACAGCAAGCACAGUAAACACAGCAAAGACAGCAAGCACAGUAAACACAGCAAAGACAGCAAGCACAGUAAACACAGUAAACACAGCAAAGACAGCAAGCACAGUAAACACAGUAAACACAGCAAAGACAGCAAGCACAGUAAACACAGCAAAGACAGGAAAGACAGCAAGCGCAGUAAACACAGUAAACACAGCAAAGACAGCAAGCACAGUAAACACAGUAAACACAGCAAAGACAGCAAGCACAGUAAACACAGUAAACACAGCAAAGACAGCAAGCACAGUAAACACAGCAAAGACAGGAAAGACAGCAAGCACAGUAAACACAGAAAACACAGAAAACACAGAAAACACAGUAAACACAGCAAAGUGACUAAUAGAAACAACACUCAGGAUGAUGUUCCCACACAGUGA